AUGGGGCCAGGGCAGGACAAGAACGAUGGCCGUGAAACAUUCAAUGAUACCCAGGUACCGUACCAGCAGCCCGGUUCCAUGUUUAAUGUUGGCGUAUUUUUGGAUACAGACUCCAAUCCGCUAGUACCCAUUUGGAAGUCUAGUCUAAAUUGGGCUAGUCAAUAUUUGUUUGACCAUUCCAUUACUGUGUAUCGCGUGAUGACAUAA